AUGAACCGGGUCUGGGGUUUGGGCACCAAAAAGUUCAAGGCUGUCAAGUGUCAACCUGUCACGCGGUGCAAAUUUACAGCGCAGGUUGCAGUUAACCUCACAGAAGUCGCGUCCACGAAGGUCACAACCAUGUCGACCGAGAUGACAAUGGCGAGGCCGGCACCGGCGCCGCAGCUGCGGGGCAGCCAGCUGAAGCAGCUCCGGGAGGUGUUCCGGCGGUUCGACAUGAACGGCGACGGCAGCCUGACGCAGCUGGAGCUCGCGGCGCUGCUGCGCUCGCUGGGGCUGCGCCCCACGGGCGACGAGGUGCACGCGCUGCUGGCCGGCAUGGACGCGGACGGCAACGGCUCGGUGGAGUUCGACGAGCUGGCGGCGGCCAUCGCGCCGGUGCUCACCACGCAGACGCACCUGGUGGACCAGGCCCAGCUGCUCGAGGUGUUCCGGGCGUUCGACCGCGACGGCAACGGGUUCAUCUCCGCCGCCGAGCUCGCCCGCUCCAUGGCGCGGCUGGGCCAGCCGCUCACCUUCGAGGAGCUCACGCGGACGAUGCGCGACGCCGACGCGGACGGCGACGGGGUCAUCAGCUUCCACGAGUUCGCCGCCAUCAUGGCCAAGUCCGCGCUCGACUUCCUCGGCGUCGCCUGAGCUAACCGACCAACUAACCGUGCUACUAGUUGUUAAUUCCUCUUCCAUUUUUGGGACAAGAUCAGUUCAUUGUUCUAGCGUAGCUAGCUAAAUAUACCCAAAUUUUGAUUAACUUUCUUCAUUGUAUUUUGCUGCUGAUUAAGCUAAGACGAAAAUUCAUCCAUCGAGGUGCAUGUGCGUUGCGUAUACGUAGGUUCGAGUAUGUUUCGUCGAUCUCAUCGAGAAA